AUGGAGAUCUACGACGAGAACAGCCGGGGAGCGGAGCAGACCGCCACUGUCCGAGGUGAGAAAAUCUUCAUUCUAUCUUGUCAACCCUUGCAAUCCGAGAGGGGCGCCGGCCGCUGACUCUUCUGGUUCUCAUGAACGCUGACUUCGACGCAGAUCGCAGAGUGGAGGCCGGGAAAUUCGGCUCCGAGGCGAUGAACAAUCGCCGAGCAUUGAGGGACAUCAGGAAUCUCAUGGGCGCCCCGCCCUUUCCCCGCGCCGUCAGCAAGAGGGGCCUUCAAGAGUGAGUACCUGGUGCUCCUUUCCAUUGAUCUUCUUCUCCGAUCUGGCUCAUCAACUCGAUCUUCCUCGUUUUCUUCCAGAGGGAACGUAUCCCUGGUUGAUCACAAGAACAUAAACACAUCCCGUCGACCCAUCACGAGGUCAGAGACAAACCGAAACCUGGUAUAUAAACCUCCGUGUUCUCCGUCAGGAGUAGCCAUUGACCACUCUCUUUCUUCUCCAGGAAGUUCGCCGCUACACUGAAAUCACAGGCGGCUUCCUCUCUGGUACUUCAGUUCUUCUCUACCCCCCGCGUCGGAUGAAUCCUCUCUCUCCAUCGCGGUUUUUUAACGAUCGUCUCGCUCCUCAGGAGCCCAGAAUGGGAAACGAGGGGCCCGACAGGAUGCUUCCUCCUCCUUCAGCUGUCAUGGAAAACUCCAUUGCUAUUUACGUGGACGACUGCGGGUCGGAAGCCGACCUGGCAUUGCCGAUGGUCGAGGAAAUGGAAGAACAGGUCUGUCGCUCGGCCGAGGGUGCUUCCGAUCCUCCGAAGUUCUGUGAGAGUUACGAGUAGUGGGGGGGAUUUAUUUCUUCUUGCAGAAGCUGCCGCAGGCUGAUGCAGAGCUCAAGGAAGUCGAGAUGGAGGACAUCGCGGCGGAGCCGCCCGUCCCGGACAUCGACUGUGGCGACGCCGGUAACCCACUUGCAGUCGUCGACUACGUCCACGAAAUCUACAGCUUCUACCGGGAAUCAGAGGUGAAUAAGAAAGCAUUUCUUAUCCAUCAAUGGUAGUCUAGGAGAGUACGUUUGCUGCAUGAUCCCGUUUGCCCAAGAGAUUAGGGUUUGAAAGCAAUCAGAAUAGUACCUAUUUGCUGAGUUCUUCGUGAUUUGCAGGCCUCCGGCUGCGUCUGCCCUAAUUAUAUGGUCAACCAGUUCGACAUCAACGAGAAGAUGAGGGCCAUCUUGAUCGACUGGCUGAUAGAGGUACUGCGAUGCUCUUCUCCUCUGGAAGUCAAAGCCCUCUUUCAGAUGCAUGAACGAGAAUCACUCGCAGGUGCACCACAAGUUUGACCUGCUGGACGAGACCCUGUUCUUGACCGUGAACAUCAUCGACAGAUUCCUGGCUCGCCAGUCGGUGGUCAGGAAGAAGCUCCAGCUGGUGGGGGUCACCGCCAUGCUCCUGGCCUGCAAGUACGAGGAGGUUUCCGUCCCAGUCGUGGAGGAUCUGGUCAUAAUCUGUGACCGAGCUUACACGAGAUCGGAGAUUUUGGAGAUGGUAGUCUGCCCGCCAUGUCUGAUCCGCCCGCCUAGUCCAGCGGUCAUCAAGAACCCUAAUUUUCUCCUUUCCUUCCGCGCAGGAGAGAUUGAUGGUGAACACUCUUCAGUUCAAUAUGUCCGUGCCCACGACUUACGUCUUCAUGAGGAGGUUCCUGAAGGCGGCAGAGUCCGACAGAGAGGUAUGUUCAUCGUCGUCGUCUUCAUCCUCCUUCCUCUGUUCUUCCAUUCCUCCAUCUGGGUUCUGAAGGGGAUGAUCGGUGCUCCGGCAGCUGGAGGUCCAUUCCUUUUACAUCAUUGAGCUGUGCCUGGUGGAGUACGAGAUGCUCAAGUUCCCGCCUUCGUUGCUCGCCGCCGCCGCGAUCUACACCGCCCAGUGCUCCCUCCGGCGGUUCAGUACCUGGACCAGGACCUCCGAGCUCCACACCGGCUACUCCGAAGACCAGCUCCUGUGAGGCCCCCUUCUUCUUCUUCUUUUUCUUCUUCUUCUUCUAGCUUUAGUGGAUCUCUGAUUGAAGAAGCUUUAUGGGGUUUGCAGGGAGUGCUCCAGGAUGAUGGUGGACUUCCACCAGAAGGCUGGGGCGGGGAAGUUGACGGGGGUCCAUAGGAAGUACAGCACCUUCAGGUUGGGGUACGCCGCGAGGUCUGAACCAGCUGUGUUCCUCCUGGACAGACGACCGUAA